AUGCUCGGUUUGGAUGCAGCCGGCAAGUCCACCAUCUUGUACAGCAUGAAUUUAGCAACACCGGUCGAUGUCAAACCGACGAUUGGUUUCAAUGUAGAGGAAGUAAAUGUGCCUAAUACACGUAUAUGUUUUAUUGUGUGGGACCUUGGCGGCCAGGAAACGGUUCGCAGUUUGUGGCGGCAGUACCUUGAUGGCGUGUCAGGUCUAGUGUUCGUUGUCGAUUCCGCAGACCAUGAACGAAUGCAGGAGGCGAAGGAGGCUCUGCACGCCGUGGUCAGAGACCCAAACCUGCAAGGAGUCCCUGUUCUUGUGGCUGCAAAUAAACAGGAUCUUCGGGAUGCCCUUCCAGUAUCUGCGGUCGUCGAGCGGCUCAAUACGCAGGCCCUUGCAACGCCAAGAAACGCCUGUGUUGUACUCCCAACCUCCGCAGUGACGGGCGAGGGCGUACCAACGCUCUUUAUCCGUCUGGCUGAACUCGUUCGAGCUCAGUCGAAAAGGAAUCAACCUGCACUUUCCAUAUUUAAAUCAUCGGCGCAGAACCCUACCCGACGAUCUUGGAGGGACCGCAUUGCAGCCCACAUGCCCCAAAUGUUUAGACGGGACAGUUCAUACACAGCCAUUUAA